AUGUCAACCAAACCAGUCCGGGUCUCGCAAAUCGAGAGAGAUAAGCUUUCGGGGAAAAUAUUAGACGUAGUGGUGGGAGGAGACCAGAACGAAAUCUUCAGUAUCCAUGAGAGACUGAUACGUGCCUCUUCGCCCUUUUUCGACAAGGCUAUGUCGCGUAAGUGGAAGGAAUCUUUGGAACGCACCAUAAAGUUGCCAGAUAAUGAGCCAAAGAUAUUCCAGUUGUAUGUUCACUGGCUCUAUUAUGGUACACUUCCUGUGCUUUGCGACGAACCGGGCCUCUGCGGAAAUGCCGAAUACCUCGAACUCGUGAAGGCUUACACACUGGGUGAUAAACUACUGGACAGCAGAUUUCAGAAUGCAGUAAUUGAUGCUAUUGUCGAGAAAAGCCAAUCGAAAGCACGUGAUGGACGAAUAUGGUUCCCUGUCGGAAGUCCAAUUGAGUAUGCAUACAGCAAUACAAAUGAGUCUUCCCCAAUCCGCAAACUACUUCUGGAUAUGUAUGUACACCGUGGGCAUAGAUAUUGGCUCCAUGACUAUGGAAACUCAGCGAGCAUCCCGCAUUCCUUUCUUUUAGGGCUUGCUUCCAGAUUCUUCGAUCAGCGAGAUGGUCAUUGCGAAUCUGAGACGAAAAUCGACGCGCCUCGAUAUCACAUUCACAAGGAAAAUGGUGGAAAUGCAAAGAAUGACUAG